CUAACCAAGAAGAGCCAAAUUCACUGGUGGUCUGCUCAUCUCUUCAGCAUGUGGAAGGUGGUGCUGCUGGGUCUGUACACAGUGCUGGCCAUGAGGGGACUGGCAAAGGGUGCUCCUUUCCACCCAGAGGAAAAAUGGAAACCACUAGAUAAUCCUAGAAACAGAGACCUGUUUUUCAGAACCCUCCAGGCUUAUUUUUCGGGCAGGGGUCUUGAUCUCAGAAAGUUCCCAGCCACUUUCACUCUGAACAAUGAAGGACCAAGGCCUCUCAUGUUCUACUCAGAUCCUAUUGCUUCUGCAUUUGCAGAUUAUGAAGAAAGGAGAAAUUCUUUUCCAAGUUAUUUCAAAGGCUGAAAGAUGCUGCUGAGCAAGGCAUUAACUUUUGAACUUCAUGGGAAGUGGUAACCAUCAC